AUGGCUCCUCUGUGCCCCAGCCCCUGGCUUCCUCUGUUGAUCUCAGCCCCUGCUCCAGGCCCCACUGUGCAACUGCUGCUGUUACUGCUGCUUUUGGUACCUGCCCAUCCCCAGAGCUUAUCCCAGAUGCAGGGGACCCCCUCCAUGGGAGGGGAUUCAUCUGGGGAAGAUGAUCCUCUGGGUGAGGAGGACCUGCCCAGUGAAGAGGAUCUAAUUGGAGAGGAGGAUCCACCUGGAACGAAGACUGAAACAGGAGAAAAGGACUCUCUGGAGUUAGAGGAUCUACCCACUGUUGAGCCUCCCAUGGAUAAUGCUCAAAGGAACAAAGGACAUGACCACAGUCAUUGGCGCUACGGAGGCGACCCGCCCUGGCCCCAGGUGUCCCCAGCCUGCGCAGACCGCUUCCAGUCCCCCGUGGAUAUCCGUCCCGAGCUCACCACUUUUUGCCCCGCCCUACGACCCUUGCAGCUCCUCGGCUUUGAGCUCCCGCCACUCCCAAAGCUGCGCCUCAACAACAAUGGCCACACUGUGCAGCUGACUCUGCCUCCUGGGCUGGAGAUGGCCCUGGGUCCAGGACGGGAGUACCGGGCCCUGCAGUUGCAUCUGCACUGGGGGUCUGCGGGUCGCCCAGGCUCGGAGCACACGGUUGGCGGCCACCGUUUCCCUGCAGAGAUCCACGUGGUUCACCUCAGCACUGCAUUUGCCAAAGUUGACGAGGCCUUGGGGCGCCCAGGGGGCCUGGCGGUGUUGGCUGCCUUUCUGCAGGAAGGCCCAGAAGAAAACAGCGCCUAUGAGCAGUUGCUGACUCAUUUGGAAGAAAUCGCAGAGGAAGACUCAGAGACGUGGAUCCCAGGACUGGAUGUAUCUGCACUGCUGCCCUCUGACCUCAGCCGCUACUUUCGAUAUGAGGGGUCUCUGACCACACCCCCCUGUGCCCAAGGGGUCAUCUGGACUGUUUUCAACCAGACAGUGAGACUGAGUGCUAAGCAGCUCCACAGCCUCUCUGGCUCCCUGUGGGGACCUGAGGACUCUCGGCUACAGCUGAACUUCCGAGCCACACAGCCUUUGAAUGGGCGAAUGAUUGAAGCCUCCUUCCCCACUGGGGUGGAGCGGACUGCUGAGCCAGUCCACCUGAAUUCCUGUCUCGCUGCUGGAGACAUCCUGGCCCUGGUGUUUGGCAUUCUCUUUGCAGUCACCAGCAUUGCCUUCCUUGUGCAAAUGAGAAGGCAACAUCCAAGUGGGACCAAAGGGACUGCUGGCUACCAGCCAGCAGAGGUCUCGGAGACUGCCGCCUAG